AUGGCUUCAAGGCACGAACUUGCGAACCGAGGACCUGAACUGCAGGCGGUGUGCUCAACGUUCGUCUCGCUAGCGUUCAUUACCACUGUCCUGCGAGUUUACGUACGAGCCCGUAUCGUUAAAGCUUUCGGAGCAGACGACUGGUGGAUGGUGGCCGCAUUGUGUGCUCAUGUUAUGUUUGCUACUUGCGCAAUUGGCGGUAUCCACUAUGGCACUGGACGCCAUAUGGACACACUUUCGAGUGAGCAACAGUACAAAGCAAUGAGGUACUGGUGGCUUUGCUACAUCGCGUACUGCUGGGCGAUGAUUACGUCAAAGAUGUCCAUUGGCCUGUUCCUUCUCCGUGUCACUGUUAAGAAACUGCACAAGUACAUCAUCUACGCUGCGAUGGGCCUCACGGUGCUGUGCGGCCUCGUCUUCUUCUUCGUCACCCUCUUCCAAUGCCACCCGAUCAGCUUCUUCUGGGAUAAGAACAACCCAGCAGGGACUUGCAUCAACGUAGACGUCAUCAUCGGUCUUACGUUCCUGUACAGCGCAAUCUCGGUCAUUAGCGACUUCACGUUUGCUAUUCUACCCUUCUUCCUGAUUUGGGGCUUGAACAUGUCCGUCAAGACCAGGGUCCUUUUGAUUCCUAUUCUCGGGAUGGCCUGCGUUGCUAGUGUCGCAGUCUGUGUGCGCAUGGGUUACGUUAUGGAUUUCAAGAACCCCGACUUCCUCUGGGCCACUGUUGAUAUCGCAAUCUGGUCGGACAUCGAACAGGGUCUCGCCAUCACGGCUGGUUCCCUCGCUACUCUCCGUCCCCUCUGGCGACAAGUUUCCGAGAAAUUCGGAUUCAGCAACUCCUCCUUCGGCCCGUCACGUCCUUCGAACAUGCGAACACCACAAUGGGUCAACGACCCGAACAGAGAAUCGAAAAAGAAGCCCAGCCUCUUCAGCAUGACAAUGUCUCUGCUGAAGACUGAAAAAGGAGUGUCUACGAAGUCGGAGAUCGACCAGGACUACGGCAUGGGCAACCUUCAGCCAGUACGGCUCCGCGAUGAUCUAUCCGCGGAAAAUGAGAAGAGCGAUAAGGUGUUCAACACUUGGAGAAUAAAGGGUGGUGGGAAGGUGUCUGACGAGGAAUGCCGAGUUGGAGAAAUCACAAUGGAGACGCACAUCAACCAGAAGAACGAGAGGCGGUAG